AUGCAGACCAAGUUCGCCGCUCUCCUGGCCCUCGUGGCCGCCGCCCGUGCUCAACAGGCCUGCUCCAGCCAGGUUGAAACCCACCCCAAGCUGACCUGGGAGAAGUGCACUGCUCCUGGCUCUUGCAACAGCGUUGCUGGCUCCGUUGUGCUCGACUCCAACUGGCGUUGGACUCACACCGUCGAGGGCUCAACCAACUGCUACACCGGAAACACCUGGAACAACGACUUCUGUGCCAAGGGCCAGGGUGCCAACUGUGCCGCCAAGUGCUGCGUCGAUGGCGCCGACUACCCCAACACCUACGGCAUCACCACCAGCGGCAGCGAGCUGAACCUCAAGUUCGUCACCACCCACAACUUCGGCAAGAACAUUGGUAGCCGUGUCUACCUCAUGGAGAGCGACACCAAGUACCAGAUGUUCACCCUGCUCGGCAACGAGUUCACCUUCGACGCUGAUGUCUCCAACAUCGGCUGCGGUCUGAACGGUGCCCUGUACUUCGUCUCCAUGGACGCCGACGGUGGUCUUUCCAAGUUCUCCUCCAACAAGGCUGGUGCCAAGUACGGUACUGGUUACUGCGACUCGCAGUGCCCCCGUGAUGUCAAGUUCAUCAACGGUGUUGCCAACGUUGACGGCUGGAACCCGUCCAGCAACGAUGCCAACGGUGGUGUCGGUACCCUCGGUGCCUGCUGCGCUGAGAUGGACAUCUGGGAGGCCAACAAGAUCUCCACGGCCUACACCCCCCACCCCUGCAAGAACAACGCCUACCACUCUUGCAACGGCGACAGCUGCGGAGGUACCUACAGUGCUACCCGUUACGCCGGCGACUGCGACCCCGAUGGAUGCGACUUCAACUCCUACCGCCAGGGCAACAAGACAUUCUACGGACCCGGCUCCGGCAACACCAUCGACACCACCAAGAAGGUCACCGUCGUCACCCAGUUCCUCAAGGGCUCCGACGGCAACCUCUCCGAGAUCAAGCGCUUCUACGUCCAGGACGGCAAGGUCAUCCCCAACUCCGAGUCUACCGUCGCCGGCAACCCAGGCAACUCUCUCACCCCCGAGUUCUGCCGCGCUCAGAAGACCGCCUUCGGCGACCAGGACAUCUUCAAUGUCCGCGGUGGCUUCCCCCAGAUGUCUGACGCCGUCGCCAAACCCAUGGUCCUCGUCCUCUCCCUCUGGGAUGACCACUACGCCAACAUGCUCUGGCUCGACUCCACCUACCCCGUCGACGCCGCCGGCAAGCCCGGUGCCGAGCGUGGCUCCUGCCCCACCACUUCCGGUGUCCCCGCCGAGGUCGAGGCCCAGUUCCCCAACAGCAACGUCAAGUUCUCCAACAUCAAGUUCGGCCCCAUCGGCUCGACCUUCAACAGCGGCCAGCCCCCCGUCUCCUCCUCCACCAUCCGCACCAGCACCGUCCGCACCAGCAGCACCAGCACCAGCAGCUCCGCCCGCGCCACCAGCACCGGCGGCUCCAAGCAGUACGAGCAGUGCGGCGGUAUCGGCUGGGGUGGCCCGACCACUUGCGUCUCUCCCUACACCUGCAACAAGGUCAACGACUGGUACUCCCAGUGCUUGUAA